GCUUGCGCUAGUAUUUGAAUAGGCGCAACACGCGCUUGAAUUUUGCUUGCCACUUUUGCUACUUUAAUGACUAAAAUCAAUACCAAGCUUUCAGUGUUGCAAGAUGCUGAACUAGCUGCUAAAAAUCUUGAAACUAUCCUUAUUCAGCAAUAUGAAAAGAAAACACAGGGAAUUCUACAAGAAGACGACAAUGAACUUGAAUCAGACCGCAUCUCAGCCUGCUUUGAUAGAAUAAAAGAUCUUCAUACACUUGGAUAUUAUGUGCUCAAAGAGAGCAAAGAAGUAACAGCUGAAGAAAAAGAGCGCAUGAAUGAGAGACAAGUAGAGCUCCAAGGUGUCAUGUAUGAAAAGAGACACAUUUUAGAAGACAUCAUACAAUGUCGACAAUUCAGAUCUGUCUAUCAAGAUAUUGAACUCAUACCAAUAGAAGAAUUUAUGACUAAUGCAGAUCCAGAGUUUCUUGAGAAUUCAGACAAUCCACAUCAACUCAUGAUUAACAGACUCAAAUAUGAACAUGUAGUGCGAAAAGCCUUAAAAGAACAGCAAGAGGCCUUAAUGCUUAGAAAAGCAGAACUAAUCAAGGGAAACAGAAAAGCACAAAAGAAGAUUGAUCAAUUUGAUAAGCUGUUGGAUGAUUUUGUACAGACUGCAUCUCCUCUAGAAGAAGCCUUGGAAGCAGAAUAUAAGUUAAACCAUCCUCCUGAAAUUGAAAUGAGUGAAGUAAAGAUUGAAGAUCCUAUGGAAACAACUUCUUAAAUGUAAAUAAAUGUACU